GUCGAUUAUAUUAUUCUCGAUCGUACUCAGAAGGAUAUGAAGAUGUUCAAUAAAUUUUUCCAAGAUUCGAGCGAGAAAGAAUAUAUUGACAGAAAAGUUGAUGAAAUCGAACCACUUGACUUCUAUAAGGUUGUUUUUGUGACUGCUCCAAUCAAAAUGUCUAUUGAACGGCAGCAAAAGAGAGCUCGUUUAGGUAAAUUGGUCGAAAGGGAGUAUUUAGAAAUGCUUAAUGCUUAUUACCUUGAAGAUAUUAAUUUGGUUUAUCCUGAGAAUUUAAAAUUUGAAAAUAUUGUUAAUCUUUGUGGUGGUGAUGAUUGCGCACAAUGUCUCGGUAUUAAGAUCUACGAGAGUUUCUUUGAUACUCUUUUAUAG